UUCUCCAGCCCUGUAUCUCUUUCACCAGUCAUCCACCCAGCUCUUUACUUCACCCCUCCCCACCGCUCCUGGUUUCACCCAUCACCUUGUGGUUCUUCCUCCCCUCCCCCACUUUCUAACUCUUGACUCAUCUUUUUCACUCCAGUCCUGAAGAAGGGUCUCGUCCUGAGACAUCGCCUGUGCUCUUUUCCCGAUGUUGCCUGGCCUGCUGAGUUCCUCCAGCAUUUUGUGAGCGUUGCUCGGAUUUCCAGCAUCUGCAGGUUUUCUCUUGUCUGCGAUUGUCCUUUUAAAUUCUGGCGUGGCUGCAGCAGGAGUGAGGCGGAGCCAGCGUCCCGAGGGCGGAAAUCGCGUUCGCAGCUGACAGACGGGAGGCAUCCGGAGUUACAACCAUCCGGUUUGACCCCAGAGCGGCCCGUUUCUGGAUCUACAGUGGGGAUCUCAUUCAGAAACCGGCAUAAUUUCCCAAAUGGCCGCAAAUCCUUCCAAGAGCCAGCGGAAGUCUGGAGGCACCCCGAAGCAACGUGAGCCUCGGCAGGGAGCACUGCCUCCGUUCCAUGAAGCGGCUGGCCCCAAAGUCUUGGGAUCCAGGACCCAGGCCGCAGGAGCCCCAUCUACACGGCGUGGAACCACCAAACCAUUGAGUGCGGGGAGCCCCCCCAGUUCCCCCGCAGGUCAGAAAUCUACCAGCUCCAGCAGCAGGGAAGCAAGAAGACAGAACCGGAGUGCUCCGUCACCCACCGAGAGAGCCAGCGCCAAUCCUCGGGCAGUGGGCAAACCCUCCGACCCUACCGGGCGGCUUGGCCAGAGGACUGGCCCCAGCCCACAGAAGAUCGACAGGCAGAGGGUGGCAGAGAUCGAGCAGGAAACCCGCGGGCAAAGGGAGAACACCGACUGGUUCAAAUGGCGCCGCAACCGCAUCACGGCCUCCGUCGCCCACAAGAUCUCCCACUGCAAGUUUGUGAAUGGCAAGAGUAGUGAGGUCCCGCAAUCCUACCUGAAGCCGAUCCUGGGACAGGGAUCCAGCGUGAUGACCCCAGCCGUGAAAUGGGGCAUCAGCCAUGAGCCAGUUGCUGUCAAGAAGUACGAGAGGCUCAAAUCUAAGGACCUGCAUCAGGAGGUAGAAGUCCGCUCCUGCGGCCUGUUCAUUGACCCGGCCAAGAACUGGCUGGCAGCCAGUCCCGACGGGCUAGUGGUCGACAAGGCGACCCAGGACGUUGUGGGCCUGCUGGAAGUGAAGUGCCCCUACAAACACCGGCACCACAGCAUCAACAAGGCCUGCGAAGACAAGGAUUUCUGCCUGGAGAACAAGGACAAGCUGAAGAAAAACCACUCGUACUUCACCCAGGUCCAGUGCCAGAUGGCCGUCACGGGCAUCAGCAAGGCUGACUUUGUGGUCUACACUGAGAAGGACAUCGCUGUUGUCCCCGUGGAGUUCGAUGGAGAGUUCUGGAAGGAAACUUUGGAGAAGCUGGAGGAUUUCUACACCAGAGCCGUCCUGCCAGAAAUCCAGCAGGAAAAUCCAGUCUUGGCAAGGGAAGAGUAGCUCUGGGGAAAACUGCCAGUGUCACACCAUACAUCUUCCUGAUGAUCAGACAUUUGGGAUGGUUCUUUAAAAAAAGUUCUGGAGCUAAAAUGGCACAAACUUCUUGAACGAGGAUCUCUCUGCAGAUGCUGCCUGACCUAUACUCAAAAUGCUGAAGGAAUUCAGUAGGCCAUGAACAUUGAUUUCUCUAACCUGAUCAUCUCUCGUGACUCCUGUCUUUUCCUGUUCCCCAUUCUGGCCCUCCUCUUAGUCCUUCUCUUCUCCUCGCCUGCCCAUCACUUCCUUUUACUUCCCCCCUUUUUCCCUUCCUUACAGGGUCCACUCUCCCCUCUUUUCGGAUUCCUUCUUUUCCAGCCCUUUACUUUCCAGCUUCUCACUUCAUUCUCCUUCUCCCUGACCCACCCAUUUCCCCCUCACCUGGUCUCUGCUAACCUGUGCUUCAUCCCCUCCUCCCCACCUUUUUUCUUCUGGCCUCUCCUCUCUUCCUUCCCAGUCCUGGUGAAAGAUCACAGCCUGAAAAGUUGACUGUUUAUUCCACUCCACGGAUGCUGCCUGACCUGCAGAGUUCCUCCAGCAUUUUGUGUGUGUUGCUCUGGAUUUCCAGCAUCUGCAGAAUUUCUUGUGUUUAUGAUUCAUUGUUUGACCUGCUGAGUAAUUCCAGCUUUCUUGGGAUGCAUUUAAAUAUAUGCUGUUCUAAAUUAAAAAACUGCUCAGUAACGUUGAAGGGUUGUACUUUCCUGAGCUGCAGUGAUGCUGUCUGCUGUAGACGCACUAUAUGACAUAGAUGUUACAACAUUCACAGGCUUGUGUCAGACACAGAGGCCAGCAAGGGAUGGGAGGUGGUGUAUCACUGUGAGGUUUUCUGUUCCGACGGCCUUGACUCAGUAAACAGAAUUACCCUGUGUUUGAAAUCACCAGCGAGACACUGAACCUGACGAUAUAGAAGACUUUAUUCAGCACAACGAGCAGGCAUCAUUCUGGACUCACUCUCAGUAGAGGCUCACGAACCCAAAGGUUCAUUUUUAUACCUUUAAGAUCAACGGUAACAGCGGGUGAUUCAAUACAAUCUCAAUAGUUACAAUGUCAUUGUUCACUUCAAUACCUUGUGUUGACAAUGCUUCCUUUGAAUUACAUGUCUACAGUGACAGACAUCGCUGAAUAUUCAAACUCACAAAGUAAUUCAUAUAAAAAGACUAAAAGCUUCUGGGGACAGAAAUUUUAGACACCCAAAUUCCCUUGUCCAUUCGUCCCCCGCCCCCACAUCCCUUCCCAGCGAUCUCCCUCCUGGCACUUUUCCUUGUAAGCGGAACAAGUGCUACACAUGCCCUUAUGCUUCCUCCCUUACCACCAUUCAGGGCCCCAGACGGUCCUUCCAGGUGAGGCAACACUUCACCU